UAAGCCGGCUGAGCGGAAGUGACGUCGGUCGACGCCUCAGGGAAUGGCUGCUGAGCUGGCGUCGCGCAGUCUUCAAACAGGAAGUGAAUGUUGGAGUCCUUCAGCGAGUCAGACCCAAGUGGUGUCGUGUGAAGCUGCGCGGCUGCCGGACCGAGCCCGCGUCCCCGCGGUAUCGCCGGUGCCACUUGGCGCGAGCGCGCUCCCCUCCCGCUGCGCUGAGCGGGUUUGGUGAGGAUUAGCGGAACCGCUCCGUCCCAGAUGGCGGGGCCGAGAAGCUCGAUGCGGGCUGCGCGUGAGCUCGGACGCCAGUACCCGCUGUUCUGCUUCCUGCUGCUGUCGCUUGCGGGAGUCACGCUGCUCCUGCACAGCUACCUUCACGUCCUGAUGUUGUUCUGGUCGUUUGUGGCCGGUGUCGUCACUUUCUACUGCUCCAUCGGACCCGACACGCUGGUGCCGAACCUCAUGUUCCCCGGCAGAGCCAGAGUCAGGACCAAGCAGGGGGCGCCGGAGCUGUCUCCUCUGGGUUGUGCCGUUUGUGGGAAGGUCCGAUGCGGGCGACAUCGGUCCACGCUGCGCCUGGAGAACCAUCAGCCCUGGCUGGACCUGAAGGUGCCCUCCCAGGUGGACGGGUCAAUAGCAGAGGUGUUUGAGCUAGUCCUGGAGAACUUUGUGUACCCGUGGUACCGAGACAUCACGGACGAUGAGGCUUGUGUGGACCAACUCAGGGAGACCUUUCGGUUCUUCGCAUCUGUGCUGCUGCGUCGAGCUCAGAAGGUGGACCUUCUGACUGUGGUCACUGAGAAGGUGAUGAAAGCAGCGAUGAAGCACCUGGAGGUUCUGGCCAGGUCCCGGGACCGGGUGAGGAACCCGGAGCAGCUGCAGCAGGCUGCUCUGGACCAGUACGGUGCCCAGCUGCACGUGGCUCUGCGCAGCCGCAGACAGGAGCUGCGCUACCUGCGGGCACUGGUGCAGAUGCUCUUCCCCCUGGUGAUGCCGCCCGACUACAGCCAGUGCCGCUCGCUGGCUCUGCUCCUGCGAGAGGUGAUGGCCGGCUCCGUCUUCCUGCCCACCAUGGACUUCCUCGCCGACCCGGACACGGUCAACCUGAUGGUGCUGCUGUUUGUGGAUGACACACCGCCCGACCCAGCCCCGGGACCUCCUUCUCCUCCGGUCUCCUUCCUGCACAGAUACGCCCACCUCAGCAGCAACAGGUCUUCGGUGCUGCAGGUGGAGCUGAAGGAGAUCCGGCAGCAGCAGGACCUGCUGUUCCGCUUCAUGAACUUCCUGAAGCAGGAAGGCGCCGUGCAGGUGCUCCAGUUCUGCCUGGCUCUGGAGGAGUUCAACGACCAGAUCCUGAGACCUGAGCUGCAGGACUGGGAGCUGCAGCGGCUGCACCGCGAGCUGCGGCACAUCUACGCCACCUACUGUCUGGAGCAGAGUCCAGACAAGAUCCAGCUGGACCCGGACGUGGUGGAAGACAUCCGCCUGGUCUGUGCAGGUCCGCCGGCAUCGGUGCUGAAGCUCCAGACCUCCACCAGCCUCUUCCAAGCUCACGAGCACAUCUGUUCCCUCCUGGAGCAAGUCUUCACUCCCAUGUUCUGCCACAGCGAUGAGUACUUCCGUCACCUGCUGAGAGGAUCCGAGUCGGCGGGCAGAAACUGCCGCGUCAGCAGAAACGCCAGCAGGCGCGGCGAGUCGUCUGGGAUCAGCCGGAUUGGCAGCAGGAUCAAAGGGGUGUUCCGCAGCGGCGCCCUGGAGGGGGCGCUCCUGCCGUCCGGCGAGCCGGACGACGACACGGUGGAAGAGGCCGCCGUGGUGCUGGAGGACGACAUCCAUGCCGCCGAGCCCACCGCCCCCCCUGCUACUCCCCGGAACCUGGCGGCCUGGAUCGUCAACAUUCCCUACGUCGAGGUCUGCGAAGACAAGACGCCCGUCUUCUGCGUCUACGUGGAGCGGAACGAUCACACGCAGGGGGGUCAGGAGAGCGAGAGCUGGCCCGUCUACCGCCGCUACCUGGAGUUCUAUGUGCUGGAGUCCAAGCUGACGGAGUUCCACGGCGUCUUCCCUGACGCGCAGCUGCCCUCCAAGAGGAUCCUGGGGCCCAAGAACCUGGAGUUCCUGGCCUCCAAGAGGGAGGAGUUUGAAGAGUACCUGCAGAAGCUGCUCCAGCACCCAGAACUCAGCUCCUCUCAGCUGCUGGCAGACUUCCUGUCCCCUCACAGCCUGGGCUCCCAGUUCCUGGAGCGGAUCCUGCCGGAUGUCAACCUUGGCAAGAUUUUCAAGUCCGUGCCCGGGAGGCUGGUCAAGGAGCGUGGUCAGAACUUGGAACCCUUCAUCCAGAACUUCUUCAGCUCCUGCGACUCUCCUAAGCCCAAACCAAGUCGGCCUGAGUUGGUGGUUCUGAGUCCGUCGGUCCAGUACGACAAGAAGCUCCUGCACCAGCUCUUCAGGAGCGACAGGGCGCCGCCCACUGAUCCCGCGGCCCGGCAGGAGACGGAGCCUCAGCUGUCUCUGAGCGGACUCUAUGACUACAUGAUGUUUGCGGGCCGCGUCGUCUUCCACAUGCCCGACUGGCUGCACCACUUCCUGUGCGCCGGCAGGAUCCUCUUCAAGAGGACCUUGGAAGGCUACCUGGAGCAGCGGAUGCAGAGCAAGCUGGAGCAGGUCCUGCAGGAGCACCGGCUGCUCUCCCUCAUCACCCAGCUCAGAGACGCUGUCUUCUGUGAGGCCCCCGGAGAGCGGACCCCAGAGGACAGGCGCGCCCGGGCCCAGCGGACCUUGCAGGAGAUGCGGCGCUUCUUACCAGACCUGCUGAGCAGGCUGGUCGGGGAGGACUCGGUCCAGAAGGGCGUCCGGCUGGUGUUUGAGGGGCUGCAGCAGCCGCUCCUCAACAAGCAGAUGAGUUACCUCCUGCUGGACAUCGCCGUGCAGGAGCUGUUUCCAGAGCUGAGCCCCCCAUCAGACCUGUCUGACCCACGUGACCCGUCUGAACCAGGAGCCAGGAGAAUGUGAUUUAUUUACAUUUAUCAAUAAAGAGACGCAAGAGUGGUGAGUUCGGCUUCCAGCGUUCUCUUCAUCAUCAUCAUCGUCGUCCUCAUCUUCAUCACCACCAUCUUAAUCAUCAUCGUCCUCAUCUUCAUCAUCCUCAUCUUAAUCUUCACCAUCAUCAUACUCCUCAAUAAAGGGACGUGAGAGUGGC